UUGAGGAAUCAGGUCAAAAUUUGGAUCCUUUAUUUCAAGUUAGUACUGAUUUUUGACAGCAUAUAUGGCUCUUUCUACAAGACAUAAUUGUGCAAGGGGGCAGCACAAGCACUAAGAAAAAGUUAAGUCAGGUGCACCCUGAACAGAUUUUCCAUUGUGAAGGCACUAAGCAAACAUGGCCUAAAAUGGUCUUUUAAGAGUUUAAGGCCUCUGGACAGGCCUCUUAAAUUAUAUUCUGAAAUGUUUUUAUUCUGUGAGUGAAUAUACAUGAAAAUAACUAUUUCAUUGUUGUUUUAGGCAUUACGACAAACUGCAAUAUAGAAACAUGUCAAACUUGGACUAAAAUUAAAGAGGUGAUUACAGAUUAUUCAAAACACAACUUGAAUGUGUGAAACAUCUGUAAAAAACAACAUUUAAAUUAUAAACGUACCCUGCAUUGCAACAUUUUUGACACACCAUCAGAUGCAGAAGGAGGGGCUUGCCCCAGGCAGCAAUCAUGCAACAACCGCCACUGUUUCAAGUCCCUUUCUCCACCGAUCGCUUUGACCCUCUGCUGUAACAAACAGUACUGAUUAAUGCGGAGUAUUUGAAUGCCACUCCCCCUUCCGAGCUCUGCCCUCCCCAACAUCUCCCAUUCGGACCAGAUCAUCCUAACAGGAUAUUUGCUUCUGCUUCUCGUUAGUCCAGCAACGGCAAAAAUGUCCUGUUUUCAAGAGGAGCGACCUCCGAAUUGCACAAUCAUCAAAAUCUCAGAGCAGUGACUCAGUAGCUUGCAGUUCGCUGGCUGGCUGACUUGGUGUGCAGGUGGUCUCCUCCACAGUCAGAGCAGAGCUUUAACCAAAGCUCCCUCCCUGGCUGCGCUGCGCCGUGUACCUUUAAAAGGUUGAACUCCUCGGUCUGUGGUCUGUGAGCGCUGGAUUGUGUCUCCAAUUGGCUCAGCUGUGUGUGUGCUGUCCUUCCAGCUGUGACAUGGCACAGAGGCUGCGUGUGCUCUGGGCAGUAUCAUCCUAAACCAUGGAGGCUCUCCGGAACGCAGCCUGUACGGCUCGGAGCACAACGAUGAUGAUGCUGGUUUGGAUUUUCCUGAACGCGGUGGCAGGACUGAAGGCGGAGGGCGGAGGAAUGGAGGAAGAACUUGUAACCGAGAAGGAGGCAGAGGAAAGUCACCGACAGGACAGCGUCAAUUUGCUGACAUUCAUUUCGCUGCUGACUCUCACCAUUCUCACCAUAUGGCUCUUCAAGCACAGACGGGUUCGCUUCCUUCACGAAACCGGGCUGGCAAUGAUUUACGGUUUGCUGGUUGGUGUGAUCCUGCGUUAUGGCAUUCCUGCCACCAGCUACCACAACAAGACACCCCCGAGCUGCUCACUGAAGGAAGGACCUUCCAGCACCCUGCUGCUAAAUCUCAGUGGCAAGUUCUUUGAGUACACCCUUAAAGGCGAGAUUAAUUUCAGGGAGAUUCACAAUGUGGAGCAGAAUGACAUGCUGCGCAAGGUGACCUUUGAUCCUGAGGUUUUCUUCAAUAUAUUGCUCCCUCCGAUUAUUUUCCAUGCUGGGUACAGUCUAAAAAAGAGACACUUCUUCAGGAAUCUGGGCUCCAUCAUUACGUACGCCUUUCUUGGUACUGCAAUUUCAUGCUUUGUUAUUGGGAAUCUGAUGUACGGCGUGGUGAAGCUCAUGAGGGCGGUCGGACAGCUGACGGAUAAGUUCUACUACACUGACUGCCUUUUCUUUGGGGCCGUCAUCUCUGCCACAGACCCAGUGACAGUGUUGGCUAUAUUCAACGAGCUCCAUGCUGAUGGAGAUCUCUACGCUCUGCUGUUUGGAGAAAGUGUUAUGAAUGAUGCUGUGGCCAUUGUGCUGUCCUCCUCCAUCGUGGCCUACCAACCUGCUGGUGCAAAUACACACAAGUUUGAUGCUUCUGCAUUUUUUAAAUCGGUGGGGAUUUUCCUGGGGAUUUUCAGCGGCUCCUUUGUGAUGGGGGCAGUCACAGGUGUCGUCACGGCUCUCGUCACCAAGUUCACCAAAUUGCACUGCUUCCCUCUGCUGGAGACGGCGCUCUUCUUCCUUAUGUCAUGGAGCACCUUCCUGCUAGCUGAGGCCUGCGGGUUCACUGGUGUUGUGGCCGUGCUGUUCUGUGGCAUCACGCAGGCUCACUACACGUGCAACAACCUCUCUGAAGAGUCCACAAAACGCACCAAGCAGCUCUUUGAGGUUCUUCACUUCCUGGCUGAGAAUUUCAUCUUCUCCUACAUGGGCUUGGCUCUGUUCACCUUCCAGAAUCACAUUUUCAGCCCCAUCUUUAUCAUGGGAGCUUUUAUUGCCAUAUUUAUUGGCAGAGCUCUCAACAUUUACCCGCUGUCCUUCCUCCUCAACCUCGGUCGAAGGGACAAGAUCAGAGGAAACUUCCAGCACAUGAUGAUGUUUGCAGGUUUACGCGGAGCGAUGGCAUUUGCCUUAGCUAUCCGCGACACUGCCACCUACGCCCGGCAGAUGAUGUUUACCACCACACUCCUCAUUGUCUUCUUCACGGUCUGGGUAUUUGGUGGGGGAACUACACCCAUGCUUUCCUGGCUACAUAUCAGAUUUGGAAACGGCAAAAGAUUUCAGGAUGAGCGCUGUCAACACGGAAAGUGGGAAUAUUCCAGGGUUGGUGUGGAUCCAGAUCAAGACCUACAGCCCUCUGGAGACAGCUUCCAAGUCCUCCAGGGGGAUGGCCCCCAGGAUGAAGGCCAAAGUAAAACCAAACAGGAGAGUGCUUGGCUCUUCAGGCUCUGGUAUACAUUUGACCACAAUUACCUUAAGCCCAUUUUGACACACAGUGGCCCACCUCUCACCUCCACUCUACCCAGCUACUGUGGACCACUGGCAAGCUGUCUGACCACUCCCCGGGCAUAUGAAAACGACGAGCAGCUAAGAGACCCCAACACUGACUUGAUCCACAAUGACGCUGACCUGACCUUCACGUUUGGUGACGCCGCCAUCACAACCAACGGGGCGUCCACCAGCAGGACGGAUGCGGCCAGGGGGUUGGGCUGGAGUGCAAAUGGAAAACGAAUUGGCAGCACGUCAGAGGAGGCCCUGGAGCGGGAGCUGGACUCUCGCGAACAGGAGCUACUGAGCAGAGGCACGCGCCUGGUUUUCCCCAUGGAGGAUCACGUCUGACCCUGCCUGCCUGCCUGCCCACACGGCCUGCCUGAAUUGCCACCCUUCCCUGCCCUGAAACCAAGAUCAUUUUACCAUCAGCUCUCUCCACUUCCAUGCAGGCAGAGUGCCCAGCCCUUCAGAGAUAAGACAGAUCAAAUACAUGGAGGCCGACAGGAGGGAAAGGUUUAUUGUGACCUUUGGUUCCCUCAUAUCCAGGGAGCAGAGCAUUUCAUCCUCAUUAGAUAAGGAGAUUUAUUUCAAAGAAGACAAUACCCCAGUCGUAUAGAGGAAAGAAAUCUUGACGCUGCUUCACAACUGAAGAGUUCAAAGCCUCUUAUGGCAGGACAUGUCAAUAUUGUAUACUCAUGCAAAACUAGCUGCAUGUGCAAACAUGCAAUAAAACAUACUGAUUUCGCUGAAGGGGAAAAUAGGUCUCAAAACGGGUCUCAUUGAGUGAUGUGACCAGUUUGUCUUCAUCGUACACUCGUAGGCAUUAACAAACCACACAAAGAUUUUGUUCUGAGAUAAAUGACUACCUGUAGACAUUUACCCCUAAAACCACAGUUUCUGGUAGGUGUGUAAAACAUCUACUGCUGAGGAAAUAAGGGGACAGUAAAAGUGUUACCUUCUCAGCCACUUCAACUCCACAUGGUUUAAUACAAUCAUGUAAACAACUACAGUGCUGGGCUUUGUUUUUCUUAGGUUGAACUGCACAUAAAGGCCAAUUACACUAAGUUACAAAUAGUAUGUGGAUAUCAUCUCUUUCAGUUGACCUGGAUCUUGUUCUUUAAGUUGUCAUGAGACACAGUUUAGAACCCCUGAUGUCUCUAAAUUUGAUUUAGGAAUAAAAAAUGGGCAUGAGGAUUUGUACUGUAACAUGGUUAAAGACCAGUUUAUACAGUGAAGUAAAAAGCUGGCCAUUGUAGCAUUACACCUCAA